AUGCAGUUGUUUCUGUUGUCGCUUGUGGCUAUUUUCGGUACCAUCUUGUACCGGAAGUAUAAGAAUGUGUUCAAAUUUGCUGAUAAUAUAGAAAUGAUGCAUUCGCACGUACCUUUAUUUGGCCACUCGUUGCUGUUUUUGGGUAAAUCGUCCGAACAAGUGUUUAAAAUAAUUAAAGAUGUGUUUGUUAGGCAUGAUCGUUUAUUUCAAAUCAGAAUGGGAUCGACGAUAUACAUAUCUUCAUCUCAUCCUGACAUUAUGCAAGCUGUGAUGGACAAUCCUAAGGCGAUGAACAAAUCCCCGCAGUAUAAGUUUUUCAAACUAGAAGAUGGAAUAUUCAUGAGUCCCUAUGUCCAGUGGAAACAUCAGCGAAAAACGUUGAACACUUCGUUCAACAAACGAAUCCUGGAGAGUUUUAUACCAUGGUUCGAUAAAUGUGCUGUAAAAAUGAUCAACGGCAUGAAGCGUGAGUCCAAUCUUUCCCAGGUGGAUUUCAUGAAACACUGUAGUCGAUGCACGUUGGACAUGGUUUGUGGAUCAACCAUUGGCACGGAUAUCUUGGACGAUCCGGAAGCAAACAAAUUUUUACCCAUGAUCGAAAAAUUGUUCGAAAUAGUUACGGAUCGUUUGGUAAAUAUAUUAAAAAAUUUUGAUUUCCUGUACAAGUUUACAAGAGACUAUAAGCUUGAAAUAGAAUAUCGCAGCGUAUUUUAUCAAUACAUCAAUUCGAUAAUCACGAGAAAGAAAAGCUCUAUAUCGGUGGAAAGUGAUGAAAAAUCGGUCACUGGCGAAGAUGAUGUUCAAUACAGAAAGCCACAAAUAUUCAUCGAUCAACUUCUGAAGGGAAAAUGUGCCGGGCAACCAUUUACAGAUCACGAAGUUUUGAUACAAUCUGUUACAGUCAUUGUUGGGGCCAAUGAAACGUCGGCUGUAGCCAUCUGCAAUCUGUUGACAUUAUUGGCAAUUCAUCGAGAUGUACAAGAAAAGGUUCGGGAUGAAAUUAUGAAAAUAUUUCCUGUCGACAGUAACAUCGAAACGACACCAGAAGCGUUGAACGAAUUGGUCUAUCUGGAACAAUGCAUCAACGAAGGGCUGAGGCUGUGUCCUUCGGUACCAUUGGUAGCCCGAGUCUGCACCGACGAUAUAGAGGUCGAUGGCAACAUUUUACCGCGCGGAACAUCCCUGCUCUUUAGCAUAGUAUCGUUGCAUCGCAGAAAAGAGCUUUGGGGACCGGAUGCGGAACGAUUCGAUCCGGAUCGCUUUCUGCCCGAACGAUCCCAGGGUCGCCAUCCGCAUGCAUUCGCACCAUUUAGCAUGGGUUCCAGAGAUUGCAUCGGCAAACGAUAUGCCAUGAUAGGUAUGAAACAGUUGCUCGUUCACUUGUUGAAAAAUUUUCGUUUCCACACCGAUUUAGAGUAUGAUAAGUUGGAGUUCAAAUACGAUAUCACUAUGAAGCUGUCCCAAGCAUAUACGUUCAGCAUUGAGCCGAUUGACGUUUGA